AUGCUGCACCCUCCCAGUGCAUCUCUCUCGAGUACUCCUUUCGCGGCGUCCGUAGCGUCAACAUCACAUCCGUCCAUGGCAAGCCGGCUGUCUGCCAGCGAUUGGAGCUAUGAUGCGGGCAACCCAGCAGCCGAAACGACGAUACCCGGCAGCAGCCAGGACGCUUCACUCUAUCCCGGAUACCACCUACGGGCCCGAAACACAAAUCCCGCCACGAUCUCUCCAGGCUUGGAUGGCGUCGGCUUGGACCCGAUGCAAUAUCUUCGAUCGCGAGGCUGCGGAAAGUUGCUGCCAAACUCUUCCCCUCAGCAGUACCUUUCUCCCCCAGUCGAGAUACACUUUCAUGCCAUGCCUUCUUCAGCCCUUCCUUCUAACUGUGGCUCGCUCACGGAAGAUACUGGCACGGACACAGCUACCAGCUCAAGAGUGAGUGAGAGCUACCAAGGCAGCGUUUUUGGAGCGCUCGAUAUGGUACAGGUCAAUUCACAGGACUCUUUUUCCGAAUCUCCGCUUGUCAGCCAGGAUAUCAAAUUGCCCCGCCGUAACUACGAUGAUCUUGCUAUCGUUGAGCAGCCUCUCGAUAGCGAUGUGGCUGUUCUUGGCAUCGGAACUGGGUAUUCGUUGGCGGCACAAUUUUCUCAAUCAAGUUCUGGCCAGUCAGCUUCCCAUUUUCCCGGGAAUUUUUUCUUUGCGAUGGAACCAGCACUUUCUCUCGACGGCACAAGUUACUGUCUCAAUACCACAGAUGGGGAACCUGAGCCUGGUUCUGAUGGUGCCGAGCCACGGCCACAGCAUCACUUUACCGAUAUGGAACGCUCUGAGUCCAAUGGUAGCACCCGCUCGACCUCAUCUUAUUUAAGUGCUCGCGCAAAGGACACAUUGCGACGCCAAAACAGUGCAGCAAGAAGAUUCGCCAUACAACCAAGGGCCUCUGCGUCUGCACCUGAGUCUACAAUUUUGCGAUCCCAAAAUGCAUUGGAGGAUGGCCCUGAGCCUUCUAAUAGAGACGCGGCCGCGCUUGGCAAAAAGGAAAUUCUCAAAGCGAGACGCACGCAUUUCAAAAAGAAGGUGCCAAGGAAGGGAAGUCACCAAGCGUCGCCAACAGCUUCUUCUGCAGCAGAGGAUGAGGCAAAUACUGACUGGCCGCCCAUGCCGGAUCUGAAAUGCUGGAUGAAAGAGGUUAUCGUACCUGUUGGCAUUACCGAUGCCAUAGCUGAAACGGAUGGCGGGGAAAAGGACGAGUCUACCAGCCCGCGUCCCAAGAAUCGUUCCAGGACUGUUAUGCCCUCUUUUGCAGGCUCUACAUUGCCCAUAAAGCUGGAAGAGCAGGCAGAGUCCUUCGGCCUCGGGAACGAACUUCCGAAUAUUAAAGGGACCCGUGCUGUUGUUGAUGGCAACACAACUUCUGGAUCAUCGUCUGAUUUGCAGAACGAGAUGACUGCCGAAGAGAUGGGGCCCGCUUUCGACCACGGACUGCUUUCCUCUGCGACUUUCUUGGAGUUGCAUCAACCCUAUUCCAAUUUUGCACAAUUUAGCCACACCUUCGUUGGAAGCCUAUCCGAGGCGACCGAAAUGACUUCCGUGCCGUCAACUCUUUACCACAACUGUAAAAUUCUUGGCAACGACUUUGAUGAGUUCAACUACAGCAAAGACUCUCCACACUUCGACUUCAUGCCAUAUAAUUCUGACAGCAAUGCGUUUUCGUGA